AUGAGGGUUGCUGAGAGAUUAGAAGUGGAUCAAGGAAAUGGAGUUUUUACUUGGCAAUGGUCUAGACAACCAGAGUCCGAAGAGGAGUUAAAGGAAUGGCAGGAGUGCAAGGAUGUUCUCAGCACUAACGGUUUCUCGGUGAAGGCGGUCAAAAAAUCUUUGAUAGUGGAAAGAGGAACUAAUCACCCUCCUAACUUUACAUGGUGUAAAUGGGUGCCCAUCAAAUGCAAUAUUACGGCUUGGAGAGGCAACUUAGACAGACUUCCAACGAGAGUAAACUUAAGAAGACGGAAUGUGGACAUACCAUCGGUCAUGUGUCCUUUAUGCGGCGAUUACGAGGAGACGGUGGACCAUUUAUUCACUGCGUACUCGGUGGCUAUCCGGGUUUGGUCGGCUUUCAACGUUUGGUGCAACAUCCCGCCGCUCUUCUUUUUUGAGUUUAAAGACAUAUUAGAUAGUCACAAGCUCAUAAGGAACGGUAUUCAGGCGGAAAAAAUCUUCUAUGGGCUGGUUAUUAUAGCAUGCUGGUGUAUAUGGAAAGGCAGAAACGAUACCGGUUUUUAA